AUGGAAGGCUCGAUCUAUGGCCUUGUCGAGUAUCGAAAUUUCCAUUACACCUUCACAUUUUCCACUGUAUUAGCAUGUCUUCCAUCACUUUAUAUGCCACCCACAAUUGCGGUUAUGUGUAAAAUUGUGAGCACUUAUUGGAAAUCAAAAACCACGCCAAUAGAUCGACAUAUUUUCAUUUGCAUCUUGCUGAAUUUUGUUUGCAGUCUUUCGUUCUUCACAUUCGACUAUUUCCGUAUUUCUCUUCCAUCAACUGGAAUAUUUACAUCCUGGUGUGCCUCCGCUCAACCAAAUCAUUUUUUCAAACUCAUCUUCCUUUUCACCUUUUUCUUUAACUACUGUAUUUUACUCCUUCCAUUUUUUCUGUCUCUCAUCCGAGUUGUCAUUCUUCUCCGACCACGAGAUCACUCUUAUAUCUGCCCGAAAAUUAUGGCUGUUCUUCUUCCAUUAUUAUUUCUGAUCCCUUUUGGGUGUACUGCAUUUAUGAUUCCAGCUGUGGGAUACUGUAGAACAAUGGGACAUCCUCUGAAGUUUGGAGCUGUUUAUAUUUACUAUGCUGAAGGAUUGGAAGGGUGGCGAAACUCGUACAUUCAUUUGGUGAUGUCUGUCGUUAUGUGUAUCUUGACUCUUUCCUGUACUACAGUGAUGAUCUUUAAAUUGAAAGGAACCAAAAUGGAUAACAAUAUGUCCCAUCAAACCAAGAAAGGUUCCACGAGAGCUGAAAAGUCUCUCACAAUCACAAUAAUUGCUUCAAUGAUCCCAUUCGUCAACAACACCGUUUUGACUGUAAUUAAGACUAUAGUCUACUUAACUCUUCCGGAAUACGUCUUCUAUUUAAUUGUGGUACGUCCAUUUGGAAAUGAUAUCGAAACUUGCAUAAUGCCAUUGAUUCUAUAUUUAACUCAUCCAAUGUUCAAAACAUUUCACAGAAGAAACAGUACGACUUCUACAGUGUCUGUCGCGAUUGCUCACACAGUUUGA